UUUCAUAUCUCGAUCUAAAUUUAGAAAGUGGUUUUAGUUAUACACUUUAAAAACUAAAAAUAUUGAAAAUUUUCUUUAUUUAUGUAUAAAGAUGGCGUGCGAAGAUCUUAUUGUAUGUCCACUGCAUCGAGUUCCAGAACGUAUAAAAGAAUGUUGUCAGUUAAUAAAUUCUGAAUGGAAACGAAGUGAAACAGCACGUAUUCGCAGUCUUGAAUGUUCAUCUGAUAAUUUACCAACAAGUUUAAUAUUAUUGAAAAAUGGUAUUGUCGUUGGUCACUGUAAAUUAUCACGGAUACCCACAAUAAACGAUGCAUGUUUUGUUGAAUCUGUCGUUAUCGCUAAAUUAUGUCGUGGAUUUGGUUUAGGUAAAUAUUUAAUGAAGAAAACAGAAGAAUAUUGUAGAACAUUUUUAAAAUUAAAUACUAUUUAUUUAUCAACUAGAGGACAAGAGAACUUUUACGCAAAAUUAGGCUAUGAGAAUUGUGAACCUGUAUCUAUAUAUGGAUCUUGUACUAAAACAAAUAGCACAUCGACUCAUAACAAUAGUAGUAGUCCGAGUAUAAAGUUAAAUUUUACUAAUUGUCCACCACCACCUCCAAUGCCUUUAAAUAAUUCUCCAAAUAUUUUACCAAAUGAUAAAACUUUUAUGAAAAAGCAUUUAAAUGAGAAUUAAUUACCAAAGGUGAAUCACACCAGCUUUAAUUAUUAUGAAAUAAGAAAUCACGGUAUAAAAGAAUUUAUUACAAAUUUCAUCGACAUCAUGAAUACGUUAGACUUGAAAGCGUUUGUAACGCUUUAAUCAUAUCAAUCGUACACUGUGGGGUGGACUGUGACCUAUAUUGACCUAAAUAACCUGCACAAAUGCCACUGUCCAAAAAGUUACAGAGCAUAUUUGCCGGUCUUAUUUAACGAACCGUCUCCUAAUUAAAAAUAGCUAAACAAAUAUUAUUAGACAAAAUUGAUCGAAAUCAAUGUAAUUUUUGCCCUUAUAACAAGAUAUCUGUAAGGGGGAAUUUGCAAGAGAGAAAGUAAUCCAUGUAAUCCAUUCGUCCAAUUUUAAUUUUAUUAAAUUCCGAUAUCAGAAAUAUGUCGGUAACAGAAUUCUGAUCGAAUUUAGAGCGUGCAAGUUCCCCGUUAAUAUUAACAAUUUAACAAGUUUAUACCGCGUGCGUUUAUGCAGUAAAAGCAUUUUAAAAAUUUAUAAAUAAAAUAGCAAUCCGUUAAUAUACUGAGAAAUCGAUCAGGACAUGAUAUUUGAUCCAAAAAUAAUUUUCUUAAUAAAAAAAAAUGGAUCGAGUGAAUAUUUCUCAACACAUUCGGCGAUCACCUCUUUGCUUUAUUGCAAAUACUUUUAUUGACUAAACGCAUUCAUUAACAAGAUGUGUGUUCAAAAAUAAAUAGUACAAAAUAUAAUUUAUAAACAAAUAAAUUUUAACAGAACAAAAUAUAACAAAUAAA